AUGCGCAUCCAGCUUCAGGACAUUACAGCCAAAUAUCUGAAGGAGCAGACGCAGCGCAAGCUGUUGUACAACAAGGUGCAGGAACUGCGGGGCAAUAUCCGUGUUUUCUGCCGUGUCCGUCAGGACACGCGUGGCCCUUGUGCCCUCCAAUUCCCGUCUGCCACAGAGCUUGUCGUCCCAAAGCUGCAGGGCGGCACAGAGCUGAUUGAGUUUGAGCACUGCUACGGCCCGAACAGCAAGCAAGAAACCAUCUUUUCCGACACGCGGCCCAUCAUUCUCUCUUGUGUCGACGGUUACAAUGUCUGCAUCAUCGCGUAUGGACAGACGGGCUCUGGCAAGACGUACACCAUGAUGGGACCGCUGGUCAGUAACGUGCAUGCGUUCAUUCGUGCAUAUGUGCAUAUGUGCGUGUGUGCGUGCGGAUGUGUGCGAUGGGCUGUUGACUUACACGAUCGUGUGGUCAAUGGACGGCAGGAUAAUCCGGGUGUCAAUCGACGAGCAGUGACGGAGCUGGUGCAACUCUGCGCAGAGCGAGAGGAGGUGGACUACGAGAUUACAGCCUCGAUGAUGGAGGUGUACAACGAGCACAUUUAUGACCUGUUGACAGAGUCGCGCGAGUCGACGUUGAGCAUUCGCCAGGCUGCCGGACGCACGUUUGUCGACGGCGCCAAGGAGGUGCGGGUGCAGACACAGCAGGAGAUUUUUGAUGUGAUGGAGAUGGGUGACCGCAACAGAUCAGUGGGGGCUACACAGAUGAACACGGAUUCAUCGCGGUCGCACCUCUUGUUCCGAAUCACGGUCAAGGGCGUGAACAAGAUUUCAAAGCAGACGACACAAGGCACUUUGACGCUGGUGGAUCUCGCUGGUUCGGAGCGGGUGUCCAAGACGGACGCUUCGGGAGAUCGCCUGGUGGAGGCGGCGGCCAUCAACAAGAGCCUGUCGGCUUUGGGCCAGGUGUUCAAAGCGCUCGCCAGCAAUGCACCCCACGUGCCCUAUCGCAACAGCAAGUUGACGCAUGCCUUGUCGGAUUCAUUGGGCGGCGAUUCCAAGACGGCCGUCUUUGUCAACGUCUCGCCGCUGGAGACCAACCUGAGUGAGACUUUGAUGACCCUCAAGUUUGGUCAAGGCAUUCGCAAGAUUGAGCUAGGCCCCGCCAAGCGCAAGACGGGCCCCCCCAAGCCCAAGUAG